AUGCCUCAACUACGAAAUGAUGCAAAACGUUUUUUUAUUUAUUUUCGAAUGACAUCAAAUUGUUUUGAUGAAAUUUUAAAUUUUAUUAAUGAAGAUAUACGUAAAGAAACGACUCAUUUUCGUGUGCCAAUACCUCCACCUGAACGUCUCGCUAUUGCUUUAAGAUUUUUUGCGACUGGUGAUUCAUAUAAGACAAUCGGUCAUAGUUAUAGGGUAGGAUUUACGACAGUAGGUCAAAUCGUCAUAGAGGUAUGUGAAGCUAUUAUUAAACACAUGGGUCCUAUAUAUAUGCCGGAACCUACUGAGGAAAUUUGA